CUUAUCUGGCCACACAUUAACAUGCAACCAUAUAAAACAAGAAAACGAUAAAAUUCUUCCUUUGUCUUAUCACAUUCCACUGCUCCUCCUGCAUUCUUCUCCAAAUUAUUAUGAUUAACAACUAUUUGAAAUAAAAUAUAACUACAUUCAAAAGAAAAAAGAGAGAACAUGUUGGUGGAAGAAUUGAGUGGAACGAACAUUGAUAUUCCAGAGGAGUUGCUGCAAGCUCUACCAUCCGAUCCAUUCGAGCAGCUCGAUGUGGCGCGCAAAAUCACAUCCAUUGCACUUUCAACGCGUGUUAACGCGCUUCAAUCAGAAGUUUCGGCUCUACGCGCUGAGCUCGCCGAGAAAGAUGAGCUUAUCGCGGAGCUCCAGGCUCAGUUAGAGGCUCCCCACGGUGCGCUUUCCGAAGCGGCCGAUAAGCUUGUUCUUGCCGAACAAGAUAAGGAGAGGUUGGUGAAGGAGAAUGCUUCACUUUCCAGCACAGUGAAGAAGCUCAGUAGAGAUGUCUCAAAGUUGGAGGUUUUCAGAAAGGCACUUAUGCAAUCACUUCAAGAGGAUGAAGAGAAACCUGGCCAGGGAGGAUCGCCCAAAGUUGCGGCUAUGUUACAUAGUCAAGCAAGUAUCACUUCAACAUCCCACUUUGGAGAUGAAAAUGCUUCAUUGCCACCUAGACCUUCUUCAAUGCGAACCAAUACUUCUGACGCAGGAAAUUCUUCUACAGACGAUCGCGAAUCCAACGGUGGUGGAAGAUCUCAGGUAUCAUCGAUAUCAUCACAUAGCUUUCUGUUAGCAUCUCAAACUACCACUCCUCGUUUGACUCCUCCCGGUUCACCUCCUAUUGUUUCUGCAUCUGUAUCACCAACAAGAACAUCUAAACCUGCGUCUCCUCGGCGCCAUGCAGUUUCCCUUUCAAUUGACAGGACCUCUUCAGUGUUCUCAUCUCAUGGUUCAAUGUCUAGCUAUACAGGCACAGGUUCACAAACUUCACGAACUCGUGUGGAUGGAAAGGAGUUUUUUCGUCAAGUCAGGAGCCGUUUGUCUUAUGAGCAGUUUGGUGCAUUUUUAGCAAAUGUGAAGGAACUGAAUUCCCAUAAACUAACAAAAGAGGAGACACUUAAGAAAGCUGAUGAAAUAUUUGGGCCUGAAAACAAAGAUCUCUAUUCUAUAUUUGAAGGAUUGAUUACUCGUAAUGUUCAAUAAUUUAUUAUUCUUGAAGAUGUUUAAUCAUAUAAAAUGAUUCCUAGCUUGUAAUAUAGCCUGAUAUUUUCUCUACUUUCAGCAAUUUUUUUUCAACUGAGUUACAAAUUUAUUAUUUUGUGGAAAACUGUAUAUUCUUUUGAUUUUCCUUGAAUGUGGUAGCAUGAGAACCAAUAUCACCAAUCUCAUAGAAAAGUUUGAAGUGCUGAAAGACA